AUGACUGAUUGUUGUUGUCUGUUUUUGACUUGGGGUAUACUAGGGAAGCCGAUGGUCAUCAAAGCUCAAGUCCUAGCUGGUGGCCGAGGAAAGGGCCACUUCGAAGGAAAAGAUGGGCUCAAAGGAGGCGUCCAAAUGGUUGAUACACCCGCGCAAGCAUUGCAAUACGCCAAACAAAUGAUCGGUCAUAAACUCAUCACCAAGCAAACCGGGGCCGCUGGGCGGAUCUGUAAUGCUGUGAUGCUUGCCGAGAAGCGUGAACCGUCGCAUGAAUACUAUGUUGCCAUCCUCAAUGACCGAUCACUGAAUGGACCGGCGCUGGUAGCGUCCGCUCAGGGAGGAAUGAACAUUGAAGAGGUGGCAGCCAAAGACCCUGCGGCAAUCCACACCUUCCCGAUCGACUUCCAGCACGGUCUUUCCAAAGAAAAGGGCGUCGAGAUUGCCAAAACGCUAGGCAUAAAAGACCACCAGGCCGCGGCUGAGAUCUUCAUCAACCUGUAUCGCCUGUUCAAGGACAAGGAUGCGACGCAGAUCGAAAUCAACCCGUUGGCUGAGACGAAGGAUGGGGCUGUUUUAUGCAUGGAUGCCAAAUUAGGGUUUGACGAGAACGCCGAAUUCCGGCAAGAAAAGGUGUUCCAACUGCGAGAUCGGAGUCAGGAAGAUCCCACGGAGGUGGAGGCCGCCGAAUACGGGUUAAAUCUCAUCAAGCUGGACGGGAACAUUGGAUGCCUUGUCAAUGGAGCUGGGCUAGCUAUGGCGACCAUGGAUGUGCUGAAGCUGAAUGGCGGCAACCCCGCCAAUUUCCUCGAUGUGGGAGGAGGUGCUACCGCCGAAGCAGUCAAAAAAGCCUUUGAGCUCAUCACCAGCGACAAGGGUGUCAAAUCAAUCUUUGUUAACGUGAGUUUUUUGGGGGGUACUGGAAAGAGUUGCUGCUGGUUUCAAGACUGCUUAUCUAAAUCCUCACUGAAAUCCCUGACUUAUGUGCGCAUGUUCCGUAGUAUGAGAUGUGACGUGAUUGCAGAGGGUAUUAUCAAGGCUACCAAUGAAUUAUCACUCGAUAUUCCCUUGAUUGUUCGUUUGCAGGGAACGAAGGAGAAAGAGGCUAAAAAGUAA